CUCUCGACAAAUACGCAUCAGCCUAACCUCCAACCCACACGAUAAACACGUCGAGGAGGAUCUUCGUAACAGUUCACAGAGGACACGACAUCCUUCAUCAACACUGGGGGAUUCAACAACUCUGAGCAUAACACCUAGUAUGCUGGAACAAGACAGUCGCGAUGGUUCAAUUAAGUGGGUUUUUUGUGUUUGUACGGCAAACUUCUCAACAUUCUGUAUUUCGACGUGACACAGGAUGGAGUUUGAUUUUGACGCCGUGAAUGAAGAAGACAGUCCAUUCCCUGAAGUUCGUGCAUCUGUCUCGAACAUCGAUGACCCAGAAAUGCCCGCUAUGACGCUGCGGAUGUGGUUAAUCGGUCUGGUUUUUUGUAUGACCGCUAGUGCAAUGAAUCUUUUCUUUAACUUCCGGCAACCUGCCCCGAGUGUCUCUCCUCUUGUUCUUUUGCUCGUAUGCUAUCCCAUUGGAAAAUUCUUCGCCUUUGUCCUCCCCAUCACGACUUAUCGUCUCCCACGGUAUCUCGGCGGUUAUGAGUUUUCACUCAAUCCUGGACCAUGGAAUAUUAAGGAGCAUGUUUUGGUGUACAUCAUGGCAAACGUUGCUAUUAGCGCACCUUACGCUAUCAACGCCAUUGUGGUCACUCAGCUCAACUACGGCAUUCCAGUGGAUUACUGGUUCAGUGUACUCCUGGUUGUUGCCACACAACUUACAGGGUUCGGUCUUGCAGGGAUGUGCAGACGCUUUUUGGUUUCGCCUGCGAGCAUGGUUUGGCCACAGAACCUGGUAACGUGUACUUUAUUGAACACGCUUCACGCGGAGGACGAUGAAGAACCAGGAUCAAUUACACGAUACAGAUACUUCCUUCUUGUCCUCGGCGGCGCGUUCUUCUUCUUCUUCAUUCCUGGUAAAGAGUUUUUCCGAAGCUUAAUCUGGGUUGACUUUGAUGGGCUUUUAGGCUACCUCUUCAGUGCUCUCUCGGUCUUUUCUUGGAUGUGUUGGAUACUACCGGAUAACAUUCCAGUUAAUCAACUAUUUGGCGUCGACUCGGGGUUAGGCAUGACCAUAGUGACAUUUGACUGGACACAAAUCUCGUGGAUUGGCAGUCCAUUGAUGUAUCCAUGGUGGGCUGAAGUGCACAUCUUCUUUGGCUUCGUUCUUUUCUUCUGGAUCAUCACACCGAUAUUAUACUAUACCAACACGUGGGAUCUCGCCUACUUCCCCUUGAACGACAGCAAUCCAUAUGAUCGCUACGGUAACGUGUACAAUGUGUCGGCUGUGUUGUCUGCCUCCAACCGCUUCAAUCUUACUGCCUACGAGAACUAUUCUCCGCUUUAUCUUCCCGCGACUUAUGCGAUGACCUACAUGCUUGCAUUCGCCCUAUCGACUUGCGUGCUCGUGCACACGAUCCUUUACCAUGGUCGAAGUUUACUGAACGGGGUGAAGAAGAUUCGCGUAGAGCAGGAUGACAUCCACGCGAAGCUCAUGCGCAACUACCCUGAAGUGCCAGAUUGGUGGUAUCUCGUGUGCUUCUUCGGCUUUUUCCUCCUCAUGGUAGUAGUCGUUGAGGUGUGGCAUACGACAGUACCUGUGUGGGCCUUGCUAUUGUCCGUGGCAUUACCAACUCUAUAUGUCUUGCCGUCCGGCUUCAUUUUCGCAAUGACUGGGCAAGGGAUCACGCUGAAUCUGCUUGCGCAGAUCAUUCCAGGGACUUUAAUGGCAGGCGACCCUGUUGCGAACAUGAUCUUCAAGGCAUACUCCGUUCAGACAUUGACGGAAUCUACGUCAUUCGUACAGGAUCUCAAGCUUGGUCAUUACAUAAAGGUUCCUCCACGAGCCACGUUCCUUGUGCAAUUCGUGGGCACGUUGUUGGCAUCAUUCAUCCAGAUCGGUGUCAAGCAGUGGAUGUUCAACAACAUUCCGGACAUCUGCACCCCAAAUCAACCUAGUUUCUUGACGUGUCCGCACAAUGAAGUGUACUACACUGCAUCAGCAGUCUGGGGAAUUAUCGGACCCACGCGGCAGUUCGGAAAAGGGACUCUCUACUAUCCGGAGUUGUAUGCCAUCAUUGUCGGUGCUAUCCUACCCGUUCCUUUCUGGCUGUGGCAACGGCAGUACCCGAACUCAUGGGUCAGAUUUGUGAGCACGCCUGUGGUGCUCAACGGCGUCUCGUAUAUACCGCCUGCGGCUGGCAUCAACUAUUCUGCCUGGUUCGCAGUCGGGUUUGUAUUUCAAUAUCUAAUAAGAAAACGCAACUUUGCAUGGUGGAGUAAAUUCAACUAUGUGACUAGUGCAGCUUUGGACAGCGGCACUGUUUUGUCAUUGGUUGUAAUAUUUUUCACCUUACAAUUCCCAAAAGGUGGCCUCAAUCUCAACUGGUGGGGAAACACCGUCUACAAAGAAACCGCGGAUUGGACCCGUCUGGCACUGAAAGCUAUCCCAUCCAAUGGCAUACCUCUAGAAUAAUGUAUUUAGCAAUCUGCAACAAUAUGACUUCAUCUAGGACCCAAUGCAACAGCGGAUGUGAUUGGUGCUUUACGUCGAUCUCAAUCCUAAUGAAACAGGCGAUGCAACAGGCGUUAUCGAGGCGAAUAGCGGCCUUCGAUAUAUUGGUUCAUGAAAACAGACACUAAAUUAGAUCUAGACCCGCCACACCACGAUGGAAGAGAA